AUGAUUUCUACUGCUACCGAUCCACUGGAAAUCGAAUUGCCCGAUGUGGAGGUGCCUGCCUUUCGUGCACUUCUUCGCUUUCUAUAUUCAGACGAAGUUGAAAUUGGACCGGAGAGUGUGAUGACCACGCUCUACACAGCCAAGAAAUAUGCCGUACCAGCGAUGGAAACGGCAUGUGUUGAGUUUCUGAAGCAAAGUCUGGGUGCUGAUAAUGCGUUUAUGUUGCUUACACAGGUGCGUGACAUUGUUUAUUGAUG